CAAUGACAAAUACCAAAAAAAUAAGAAAAAGAAAAGGAAAAACAGAGAGAGAGGGGGGGGAGCAGAGUACCGAAGCAACUUCCAGCUAGGGACAGACUGACAGAGAGUGAUACAGAUUCUUAGUUUACUCAGAUCUGAAGUUUUUGUAAUUUAAUCGAAAUUCAAAGAAAACCCAUUCUUUUCAGUAUCCAAAGAGUAAACCAAAAUGGACGCAUUGAGGAAACAAGCCAGCAAGUUGAGAGAACAAGUUGCCAAGCAACAACAAGCUGUCAUAAAGCAGUUCAGUGGUACUGGUUAUGAAAGCUCAGAUGUUAUGGUUAUUGAUGAAGUUGAGAUGCACAGACAUCAGCAACUAGAGAAGAUGUACUCAUUGACUCGUGCAGGGAAGGAUUUUCAGAAGGAUAUCAUUAAAGCAGCGGAAUCCUUUACGGCCAUAGGGUAUAAACAUAUUGAAGCAGGAACCAAGUUGUCAGAGGAUUGCUGCAGAUAUGGAACUGACAACAUCAAUGAGAACAUACUGGCUAAAGCUGCAGCUAUAUAUGGUGAUGCUCAUAAACAUGUGGAACAGGAGCAGGACGACUUGAAUCGCCUGUUAUUUUCACAGAUUUUAGAUCCCUUGAGAGCAACGAUUACUGAUUCUCCUUUGGAAGAUGCACGCCACCUUGCUCAACGAUAUAGUAGGAUGAGACAAGAAGCAGAAACACAGGCUGCAGAGUUUUCCAGAAGACAAGCACGGGUACGGGAAUCACCAAUUCCUGAAAAUAUUGCAAAGCUGCAUGCAGCAGAAGCAAAGAUGCAAGAAAUAAAGGCAAAUAUGGCAGUUCUUGGUAAAGAAGCGGCGGCUGCAUUGGCUGCUGUUGAAGCACAACAGCAUAGAUUGACUUUCCAACGGCUUGUUGCCAUGGUUGAAGGAGAAAAAAAUUAUCAUAUGAGAAUUGCUGCUAUUCUUAGUGAGGUUGAAGCUGAGAUGAUCUCAGAGAAACAGCAAAAAGAGUCUGUCCCUCCAGUGAUUCUGCUUCCUGUUAUUCAAUCAGAGAAUGGUUCAGAGAAAACCACAUACUUUCUGGCUGAAGCAACACAUCUUUUCAUUGCCGAAACAGAGAAGGAGCUGAGCUUGGCAGUGGGUGACUGCAUUGUUGUGAGGAAGGUGAGUCCAACUGGGUGGUCAGAAGGAGAAUGUAAAGGCAAAGCUGGGUGGUUUCCAUCAGCAUAUGUGGAGAAGCGCCAGAGGAUUCCCACCAGUUUGGCUGCUCAAGGUUACUAAGUCUCAACUGUGCUUUUGUGGUUUGUUCUUUGUUCCUCCAAAUUCUAGAAAUUGCUGCUCAUCGUCAAUAAGGAGAUGUCAAGGGGGAAGAAGAAAGGGAACCCUCCAAUUCUUGUGAUAUAUCAAGGCAAAGUACUUUCGAUUGUAUAUCCUCUCACUGAAUCUUGGGAAACAAAAAUAUUUGAAUUAGUUAAGCUAUUCCUGUCACAUAAGCAACACAAUAGUGCUCAUCAAUCGCUCCAAAUAAAAGGCUGUACCAUUAGGUGUUCAUGUUUUCA